GGUCCGCGUGGCCACAACACGAUCGGGGCCAAAAAUAGCGAACGAGCUGUGUGCGCGCGUGUGGCGAAGCGCCAGAGAGAUAGGGAUAGAGGGGAAACGAAAUGUAAUUGAAAGCGAAUAGAAAACGUGCGAAGGUCCUUGCAAUUUAAUGUUAGUUCGGUUUUAUUUUUUAUUUAAGCAGCCGAAUUGCGAGUCCUAGAAUUCCAAGAAAGCAAGGCGUUAAAAUCCCUGCCUUCUAGAGCGUUUCUUUUCAUUCGAAUUCAAAGUGUAACGGUCAAACUGCGACUGUCAAACUCCGUCUCUCUCUCGAAUCUCGGUCCGGAAAUCCGUCCGUUCGUUGACACUUAACUCCUUCCGUAGCGUGUGUUUACGUGCCGAGGUCCUGCUGCCGCCGCCAGCGCUCUCCAGUUUGAACGCGUGCGCAUCCUCACGCACGCUCGCUCGCUCGCUCGCCCGGCCGCUGUUGCGUGCUCACUCACGCGCGCGCGAGUAUCCCAUGUAUCAUCAACAUUGCGGCGAGUCAACGGAAGCAGCAGCAACCAGCACCGUCAGCACCUUGGCUCGUUGUCGUCGUCCUGGUCGUCGCCGCCCUCGGUUAUUGAUUGGUGGUGACCGUGUCGUGUCCGUGCCCUAGCCCGUCGUCCGUGAAGCGGCCGUGCUCAGUGAAACGCCUAGGACAGCUUGUGACGCGACUGUCGCGUGUGGGCCAAGUAAUUACCAGCCGUGGCUAGUUGACCGUGCCAGAACCAGGCACGCCCGUCUACAAUCGACCGCCGAAAGCACGUGUGUGUGUGUGAGUGUGAAGAUAGAAGCCCCAGAGGCGCUUCCCAAUCGAAUCGAAAUCAAAGUGCUGGGAGAGCGCAGUGCAGUCCAAUGAUUGCAUAGAGGGUAACGCCGAAUCCAGUGAACAGUGUCCCUGCAAAACUCGAAGCCGAACCGAAUCAGCCCAAGCUGAUUCAACCCGAUUCACGUCCGAACCGUCACCAGCAAAAGCCGCAAAAUUACGCACAACACGCAAAAGAUGUCCUCGCUGGUGCUGAGGAGCCUCUCGAUACUGCUCGGGUUGUUCUUCAUCUUCAUCGGCAUCAUGAAAAUAUCGCCCCACAUCAGCAAGGAUCUGCACCGGGACUUGCGAAAGAACUACGUGAAGUACGCGAAAGUAUUUCCCCUCUCGACGCUGCUGGAGUUUAAAAUACCCUCGAAAUGGUACCGCCGAUCGGUCGGCGGUCUGGAGGUGCUGUGCGGGCUGGCCAUGGUGCUUAUUCCCAGCCACAAAGUAAAGAACGCUGCCAACAUUACGCUGCUGAUGCUGAUGUUCCUGGCCGUGUACUCGCACUACAUGGUGAGCGAUCCGUUCGAGCGGUCCGGCCCCGCGCUGGUCUUCACCUUCAUGCUCAUCGGUCGGCUAGUGAUAUGGUUCCAGGCAAGCCGACGGGAAGCGGCUCUGGCGGCCGCCGGUCAGCCCACUGCCAAUGGCCUGAAGCAGGAGUAAGGCGGCUCCCGUACAAGAGCGGUCGUCCUCAUCCUGUCCCGUGGCUCACUGAUGAUCUCACAGCUCCCGCUUAUCAUUUCUCAACGGAAACGGAAAUGGCUUCCCGACGCAACGAUGGCCUCUUCUAACAGCUUAACAGCACAACGGAAAGCCAACAUUUUCUCCUCCAUUUUACGCAAAACCCCGCAAAAAUGGUGGAAAGUGAGGAAAAAGAUUUACUCUGAGAAAUACGCACGGUUUCAUGCUCUACACCAACCAGCAAUCAGCACCGGGCCCUGCUAGCUGGCCCCCCGCGCAGUAUCAUCACGCCGGCGCGGGAAAUUGCAUUGGGAGCCCACGAAUGGCGCCCGAAUGCUGCCCAAUCCACACACUGAACCCAAGCUGAGCUAGUGAUUAGCGAUUGGUAGAGGAAAAACGACAAGAAUUCAAUACGACAUACGGGAAACAAUGAUUAUGACUUAUCCUAUACCUUAUUUGUUCAUACAUCAACAACAAAACGGCGCUCUCUCUCUCUUUCUCUCUCUGGAGAUCCGUGUGAUCCGUGUGAUCUUCUUCAAUCUUUCUUAGUGCGCAACAAAUCACACAAAAUAGCGAACAACAGGGGCGACGAAGGAGAUUUGAGAGCAAUCGAAGGGAGGAGAAAUAAACUAAGACUUGUACAAUUUGAGUAACUAAGCAGCCCGAUCUAAGCAACAUUCGGUUCUUAUUUCUGUGUCCUUAACGCGUCCAUCUUUGGCUAUGUGAUCAUAAUAAAAGGAAACAAUUCGACUCUCUAACCAAUCUGUACAAUCCUAUUUCCCCGGUGGCGUGGAGUCUCCAACCUUCUGCGCUGAAGUUUUUAAGGUUAACCUAUACACUAAUAGUAAGCGUCACACAACAUGGAUGGAAAUCCAUCAAGGUGUAUUAACCCGACGCAUAAUGGCACAAGUAAUGGGCACACAGUGACAGUAAUAGCACUUAUAAUGGUUGUAGGAUCCUCGCUAGAGGGUCAGGCGCAUAUCUGUACCCAGACAUCGGCAUCUUUACACCCUGCCAAAGGGUCAACAAGCAAGCAGUAGAUAACCGACAGACAAAAACUUAAGCCGUCAUCGUUGACCAGUGUAAGGAACUGCAAAGAUGCGGUGCGCCAGCGAUAAUGGAUAGCAUCCAACACUUUGAAUACUGCUUCGACCGAGAACGAAACUUUUCUGAAGAAUCGAAAAUAAGCUGUAGCGUCCCGGGCCCAAGCGAGCGGUCGCAUAAGAAAUACACUCUGACAAGAACUAACUCCAAAUGAACGUUGUUGUUCUAAUAUCG